AAAUGCAAAACUCAAUCUUUAAUGAUUGAGUAGUUGCUGAAAUCCUGAAAUAAUCCUUAUUGAAAAGUGAAUUAUUUAUUUGAACUUCAUAUUUUGCCUGUGAUAGCUAUUAAGAAACCCUGUUUUCCCUAAAAUUGAGUUUAAAUGUAGUUUUGUGGCAUUGUUGAUUAAAUUUUGCUUGAAUUUUAGGAAUAAAUUUUUAUAUUUUUUGAUGAUCACCUGAAAAAAUCUGUUUUUCAAAUUUGGGAGGUCUUUACAUCAAGGAAUAAUCAUUCUAACAAAAGAUUGCGACCAGACUCGAUCAAAAUAAUCAUUGAAAAGUUCUUGUUAAGUAAAAUUUCUUUAAUUCACACAACAGUUUCAAUAAUUAAAUGUUGGGAAUAAUUAUUUAAUUAUAAUUGUACACAUUCUAAAGGCUAAAUUUAGUUUAGUGAUAAUAGUGAGAUGGAAGGCGACAACGCUAUUCGCCAAUCAAUUCGGGAUAAUCUAUCAUCAUGGAGUAAGAAACUAAACUGCAAUGGAGACACUGAAAAAAAACUGGCUUACAAAAUGAAAUUUAUAAAGGAGUUAAAGAAACUUCAAAUUGCGAUUGAAACUGAUGCUGCUAACCAACAACACUACGAGGUGGAGACUGAUUUCUUUCUGACAAUUCUUGGAAAACGACUAAAGUACAGUGGAUGUUAUUUUAAAACACCAGAAACAACCUUAAAUCAAGCAGAAGAGGAUACCCUUCAGCUGUAUUGUGAGAGGGCUCGCCUAUGUGAUGGAAUGGAGGUUAUGGACCUUGGUUGUGGCUGGGGUGCAACAGGUUUAUGGGUUUGCGAAAAAUAUCCAAACUGUAAUGUGACGUGCAUAUCCAACUCAUCUACUCAAGCAAAAUAUAUCAAUGAGCAAGCUGAAAAAAGGGGAUAUUUGCCCCGUUUAAAAUGCAUCACUGCUGACGCAAACACGUUCUCAACUGAAGAAAAAUUUGAUCGUGUUAUAUCCAUUGAAAUGUUUGAGCACAUGAAAAAUUAUGAUCAACUCAUGGCUCAAAUAUCGUCUUGGUUAAAGCCUGAUGGAUUGUUAUUUUUGCAAGUUCUUUGUCAUCGCGAAGCCUGCUAUCACUUUAAGACGAGUAGACACAGCGAUACUGAAUGGAUGGCAAAACACUUCUUUACAGGGGGUACAAUGCCAUCCACGGACUUGCUAUUGUAUUUUCAGAAAGACUUGCUUAUUGAAGACCACUGGAAUGUCAAUGGUGAUCAUUAUUCUAGGACACUGGAAGCCUGGAUGAAAAAGUUGGAUUGCAAUAAAGACAAAGUCUUGAGUAUAUUUCGUAAAUUACAUGGUGAUGACGCAGAAAAGCAAAUUUUUAAUUGGCGAAUGUUUUUUAUCUACUGUUCAGAAACCUUUGCGUUUAACGGAGGAAAUGAGUGGCUGGUUUGUCAUCAACUGUUUAAGAAGAAACCAAAAAGCAACCUGUAAAAAAUAUUGCAGGAUAGUGUAUGUUUUUUGGAUGCAAUCAUUUUACCUAGUUUUUUUUUAGUCAUUAUUCUUAACUUUAACAUUGGUUAAGUUGUCUGACAAUAUUACUUUGCCAUUUAGUUCACUACUUUCUGCAAAAAUUCUUUGUUUAAUUUUUUCUGCCGUUUUUAAAAAGAUUCUUUAGAAAUAAAAAGAAAAAGCAAGAGCAAUUGACACAGUAAAGAAGAAUGUGAUUAGGUCUACACAUUAAUUUCUUUAGACACCAAUAAUAUUUUUUGUCAUUGUUGGUUGCUGAUAAUCGUGUGGAUGUUUGUGGCAGGCUAAGGUGAUUUUAUCAGUAAAAAUAUUUUCCGAAAAAAUCCGCUACAAAAACUAAAACUAAGAAACUGAAUAUAUUUUUAAAUUUGCAUUUAUAUGAUUCAUUUAUAUGAUUUCUAUUUACAUAAAAAAGCAAAAUCGGUUCUUUUUAAUUAGUUAAAUUCAACAUACUGUAUGCAUGUUGAAUUUAACUAAUUGAGAGAGGAACCCUGUGUUGAGCGAAUUUUUACAUAAAAAGACAUUAAUUUGAAUAUUAAUUAAAAUAUUUUACAUUUAAUAGGUCUAUUUUAUAAAAAACGUUUAAAUUUACUGGGAGUUACUUUGGUUUUGAUCUAACUCAGCACUCUGUAGCCACAUCCAAGAACUGGUAUGCAAGUGCCCAUAAAAAAGUAAUGAGCAGGCAAUAUCUGGGUAUUAUGACAAAAAGUUUGCCAGACCCUGUGAGACUUUAAAAUUAGAGCAGGUGACCAUGAUAACCUUAAUUAUCCAUCUUUCUCUAGAGAAGAGCCGGAAAAACCUUCCAAAAUAUUCCUAUAUACUUACGAAACAUUGUCCCAGAGAAACUCGUGUUUUGCAUUGUUCAAAGUAAUCGACUCUACAUGGAUUUGUUGUCCAGCAAUGUAAUUUUUUGUCUUUUGUGUUGGCAUGACUAGGUAUUUUUCUUGGAACCAUUAAAUAUGACAAUAUUUAUAAUAAAAAACUUGAAAAAUGCUAAAAAUGAAGAAAAAACGACGAAAAUGUUGAUAACAUUUGGCAAUCUCCUGUAAAAGCUCUUCUUUAGGUUGUCUUAGCUAGAAGCACUGAGCCAGUAUGUUGUAUGCUAUCAUAACAAACACAUCCUGUUUAUUUCAAUUAAACAAUUUGAUGAAAGAGAACAGAUAAUUUUAUUUUUAGUAUCUAGUAUGAAAUUAUGUGAUGGACGCAAUUCUUUUUUGUGCAGUAAAUCAGUAGUAUUAAAAUAUAUAAAAGUUGAAUGAGAAUAGCAA